UUUCCUGUAAUGCUUGUUACCUGCAUACAUGCAUGAAGCACAAAAAUUGUACACUGUUUAAAUAUACAUGUAACAAUUAAAAGAUACUUUGCUGUUUUAAGAAACAUUAAAAAAUAAGUUAAGGUUACCCUUAAUCAUGCAUGCUUUUGGUGUCAAUAAUAAAAACAUGAGAAGAACAAAGCUUUGUUGGUAAUGGCAAGCAUCAAUCGCCAUCAACUUAACAUGCUACGAUUGUGGAAUCAUCUCGUUACUAUGAGUGAUGACAGACUAUGAGUGAUGAAAGACUUACAAAAUUAGUUUUCAUGUUGGACUAAGAAAAAUCAAAUUACCAAAACCGGUCACACCAUGUUAAACUUUUAUUCCAAUCUAUCGAUAUGUCAACAUGUUGUUUUUUUUUAAAUCGGAAGGUCAGUAACUUAAACUUAGUCGAGAUCAAACUUCAAAAGAGAUUUGUGAAUGACUGGCACAAUGAACUACAAAGUGUUUCAAAACUCAGAACUUACAGGUCUUUUAAAAGUGAUUUUAAUUUUUUUUUAAUAUAUUAUAAUGGACAUACCCAAACCUCACAGAUUUAGUUGCACAAUAGUUGCACAAUUAAGGUGUGGUGUUCUACCUAUUAGAAUAGAAACAGGAGGAUUUAGUGGGGAGGAAGUAAACGAUAGGCUAUGUAUUAUAUGUUCUGUAGAAGCAAUAGAAGACGAAUUUCAUUUUUCAUUACAUUGUACAUCUUAUUCAAAAAUUAGCACCAAAUUCUUUACUAGUAUUGACUUUAAUAAUCGAUUACUUAACAAUCAGACUCAGACUGCAUUGGUUUUCUCUUAUCUAACUUUCCUAGUCAGACUGCAAAAUUUGUAUAUUCAGCUUUCAUGUGCAGACAGUCUAUCCUAUUUAAAAAUAACAACGCGUAAACUUAAUAUUAUUUGUACAUAUUGUAUAUUCAUGUUUAUAAAGUGAUACAUAGGUCCGAUUGACUGGGUGGUUAUUCAUUAAGUUAUUAUAUAAUAUAUAUGUAUCUAUAUUUGUUUAUAAAACAUAUGUCGCUGAAAUAAAUAAUUCUUACUUAUCAACUUAUGCAAGCCUAUCUGGGUUUUUUUGUGGGUUUUUUUUUAUACAGUUUUCAAUUUCUAUAAAACAUUGUAAUCUGUUUUAUCUAUUUUUAUGACCAAAUUUUGUAUUCUUAGAACUUUAAAUUGACUGUAAACUUAACAUAAUUGUAUUUUAAUCAUUGACAAUUCUGAUAUAGAUAAAUGGACGUCAUUGGGGAGAUGGAUAAUCAAUACGCUGCCCAUCAGAUGUGCCGUAAAAAACUAAUAGGAUAAUUUUGGCCAUAAAAUAUUUAUAACCUGUAUCAGCCCCGACCAAUAAUAAGGAUCUAUGCAGUCUCUUUUUAAGGACAACAAGUUGAUAAUAUUACUGAAGUGAUCAAACAAAUCAUGACAGAAUUUAGGCAGUUCACGGUUGGAUGGCUCAGAAAAGGUAUUUCCCAUUGUAGAGUGUUUUUACGCAAAUACAAUAAUGACUUGAAAGACGCCAUAUUAGAUAGCACUCACAAAGAUGUGAGCGAAAGCUGUGAGGACCAGAUACAUGUACUCAACGAAGCAAGGGAGCUGCAUAAUGAAUGUGAUCGAUUUAUCAAGCACUAUAAGAAGAAUAGAAUUGCCUUUUCACAAAUUCCAAAAUGGUGCUGUCCCACACCUUCAAACGAGAAUAUAGACCCCAUAGACCAAGAUAGCACGUGCAUCAAAGAGGUCAUGUCAAAGACGCGAAAAUUCCUCCGUGAAUACAACGACCAUCUAGAUGACCUAACUUUCAAAAAUGAAGACGGAAGACCAUGUGAAAAGUGUAAGGAGAGUCUCCUCCAAGAAUGUCAGGGACUUACUGAAGAGUUAAAGAGGCUCAAUGAUCAAUUCCAGGACAAAUGCUCCUGUCAUUGCGCAUGUGGACAUGUGACAAUGAGAGCUGGCGCCAGGGGAAGAUCAAGUACAAAGCAGCAUCAACUUGACAGUGGCAUUCAAAGCGUGAAUUCCGAGAUUCUGAGACGGGAGGCAAUAGAAUCUCAGGAUAACAGUCAAGCUCCCUCUGCAGAUACUACUUUCCUUAAAGAUCAAGAUAAGCAUGAUCACACUGAGGCGCCUAGCAGCUCCUUUGACAAAGGAGACCCAAAAUGCCAAGGGCCAUGUGUAACGUUGGACGUCAGCAUGGAUGCCAGCAACACCACCGAUGAUUAAAAAACUUCUCAAUGUUUUUCCGAGCUCUGCUGGAAAAGCCCGAGAUGUUGCGAUUGACAGUUCUCUGAAGCCAAGAGAUGUCUUUGGAAAUCUGUGAUAAGAAUUUUCUGUCCCAAUUCAGCAUAAAUACCUUAAAUUCACUCCUUAUAAUGCCAAUAAUAAAGAACAGGGGCGUACAAGGCGUUUUAUAUCCCCCACUCGGGUCAAUGAAGACGAAAGAAUUUCAAUUUAAGUUAGAAUAUUAAUUUUUGGCUAGUAUGUAUUGUUUUUAGUAUAAAUUUUACGAUGGAAGUCAAUAUUGUGCCUUCGUUCUAUAAACACGACAGGUACAUGAGGUAUAUACACGACAGGUAUAGGUUUCCAAAUACAGCUGCACGGAGUCAAGACACAAUGUCGGAUAAAUUAAAAUAGCGCUAUCACAGAUAUGAGAUCCUGCUGUAAUGUUUAGAAAGCAAAAAAAUAAAACAAAGAAGAUAGGUACCAAGUACAUGUAUUAAUGUAUAUUAUUUAUUCGUCAGAGAAUGCAGUUUUAUAUUAUACGUGUACUAAUGCACACUUUCAAAUGUAAAGAUUUUUUAUAUUUCAUACAUGUACGCCAUUUCAAAAUCCUGGGUACGGGUGGAUUUGUCAGGCCUUGUACGCUCUUGGUCAGAACGUGGAAAAUUUUCUACAUAGCGGUUUUUCUGAGAUUUUGACCUUUUCAUAUUUCGCCCAUUUUUCAUGAUUUUUCAGCUUUUUAUACCCCCGCCAGCUACAUGUGAUUUCCUGCUUUUAUUCAUAUAUUAUUUAUUAUAUGUGAUUAUGUCCUUUUUUAAUAUUACGGUAUAAGUUUUACAUUGAAUUGUUUAUAAAUGAUAUUUUGUAUGGACGGCAUUUUUAAGUGAAUUGCUACAGAAAACAAAUCUUGAUUAUGGUGAUGGCCAUUUCUAUGCUUACUUACCCAUUAUUUGACUACAGUACUUACUUUGACUACAGUAUUUUCAACAAUUUCAUCAUGAUCGGUAUCCUGUCGGUAACAGAUAUAAUACUGUUAAUAGACGUUAAGUCCUUGAGUGCUUAGAGUUUGUGAUGCUGUCAUCUUUUAAUGAACUUUUAUUUAUUCUCUAAAUAUUCCUAACAAAUCCCUAUUAUUAUAUUGAACGACAUACCUUCAUGUGCUAAUAUGUAUUCUAAGUUUAUACUGUCCCUUCCAAAAAUUUAGAUUAUUGGGAAUCG